AUUUAAUGGACGGAGGUACUCCACAAUUCUCGGAUCAACGACCAACCACCGCCGCAAUUAGAAAUUUUAGUUUUCAUUCCCGCCAUGGAUCUCCUUCAUUGCUCAAGGCUGCAAAACCCUAUUUCUAAAUUACUACAACCUCACACUCGAUUCACUGUACACUCAACUUCGUCGUCAUUGUGUCUCCGGCGAUUCAGCGUGAGAUCGAGUCUUCCUUCCCCGGCUCAGAAUGCCAAGUAUAACAGAGAGCUAAGUGCUGCUGUGGAUUCGGUCGAGCGGGCUUGCCGUCUCUGUGUUGACGUGAAGCGAUCUUUAUUCACAAGUGAUGGAAAGAUUCUUGAAAAAAAUGACCAGACACCUGUCACCAUUGCAGAUUUUGGAGUUCAAGCUCUAAUUAGCUUGGAGCUCGGGAAAUUAUUUCCUUCCAUUCCAUUAGUGGCUGAAGAGGACUCAGCAUUCUUACGUUCAAAUAAUCUUGUAGACUCUGUUGUAAAUGUGGUUAUUGAUAAAUCAAGCUCCAAAGAUAAAGAAUUAACUGAAACUAAUGUACUUGAAGCUAUUGAUAGAGGAGGAACAUUUGGACCUAAUCCAGCCACAUAUUGGAUUCUAGAUCCUAUAGAUGGCACACGUGGAUUCCUCAAGGGUAAUGAGUCCUUAUAUGUGGUAGGUUUAGCACUUGUGGUUGAAGGACAGAUUGUUUUAGGAGUUAUGGGAUGCCCUAACUGGAAGGACAAUAAAUCAGACAAUGACAAAUAUACCCCUGGGUCAGGAAUAAUUAUGGUUGCACAUAUUGGCUGUGGAACAUGGUCAAAGGCACUAUCUGGGGUAGCUCUUAACUGUUCAUCAAUCAAUGUGGACAAUAUUGGAAAUAAUGAAGUUCUUCUCUUGCCUACGUGUUGCGGAAGUUUAUGCAAGUAUUUGAUGGUAGCUUCUGGGAGGGCAUCUGUGUUUAUUCAACGUGCAAGGGCUGAAAGAGUGAUCAAGGUUUGGGAUCAUGCUGUUGGAGUGAUAUGUGUGCAAGAAGCGGGAGGAAAGGUUACAGAUUGGAAUGGAGAUGAACUUGAUCUUGCUGAAGAUGAAGUUGAGAGGAAAGCGAUAUUUCCGCCAGGUGGCAUUCUUGUGUCGAAUAGCGGCUUACAUGAAGAGAUACUUGAGAUCAUUGCUUCCAAUUCAGCAAUUAUUUCAUGACAUAUGGAAAGGAAAAUUUAUUGUUUUGUAUUUUCUCAUUGUUCUUUUUGGUACGUGUAAUAUACGAUAAGGAAAGUAUAUCAAAUUGUUGUUGUAUGAAAGAGUGAAAAAGAAA